UCGAACGAAGUGUCAAAAUAUAUUUUAUCCGCAUAAGAAUCGUAUAAGAGGUUAAAAGGCGAACGAUAAGAAUCACUUGACUGAAAAUAAAAUUGUAAAUCGAUUUGCAUUCAUUCAACGUUUAUACCCAUUAUAAUCGAAGCGAUUAAAAAUACAACGUUGUUAGCGUGUAAUUGUUCAAUUAAAAAUGGUUGCCAAUAAAGUUGAGCUGAAAAGCGACGCAAUUUUUGAUAAAAUCAAAGAUCGUCUUGCCGAAAAUCCAGCCAAAGGUAAACAGAUCAAUGCGGUAUUUUGGUAUAAAAUUACAACGACGACAAGCAAUGGGGCCCCAGUUAAACAUUGGACGCUCGAUUUGAAAAAAGGUUCAGUGUAUGAAGGUAGCCCCGAAGAAGGUGUUAAAGCUGACACAACACUUUCCGUCACCGAUACCGAUCUAGUAGACAUUGCAUUGGGCAAAUUGAAUCCUCAAGUGGCAUUUAUGAAGGGUAAAUUGAAAAUUACCGGCAACAUUAUGCUAACGCAAAAAUUGGUGCCAUUGCUGAAAACUGAAGCAAAACUGUAAACCAAAAAUCUACAAUCAACAAGAGCAACAGUAGCCGGGCGAUUUUUCGAAUUCAAUGAGAGAAACAACAUACCGGAGUGGGUCAAAAAUAUUUUAAUUUUCAUGACAUAUUGACGUUUUUCUGGGGCAAACCGCUACGUAUUUUUUUUUUUUUAACUUUAUAAGGUCAGGCUCCAUUACCUGGUGCCUGUUACACAAAUAAUUCCAUCUAGUUUUCUGUUUUUUUUAGUUUUUUUUUAUUUAAAUUGAUUGCAGUUUAUUAUUUUAAGAAAGGUGAUAGAUUUUGUAUGUAUGGUAUGAAUAUACCAUACAAUUUUACAGAUGAAUAAGCUUCGGUGAAUCUUGUGUAUUAUUUCAGCUUAAAAUCUGAGUACAAUGUAUGUUUUUUCUUUUAAUUUUCAUUCAUUUCGUGAAUAAAUUUUAAAGAAGGAAUUUUACGGACGAAA